AUGGAGAUUUCACAGUUAUCUGCUUCUGCUUUGCAGAAAGAGUUAACAGAGACACUUUCAAACAGUCACUCUAAAGGAAGGCGAAAAGGAUCAAAAGAUAAAGAAAACACUCCAGUUUCUGACAGAAGGAUCGCCGAAAUCAAAGCUGCAGACGAGGAGGAAGAUGAAGAUGAAGAUAGCGAGGACUAUUGGAGUAACAUUUACUACGAAGGUGAUGAUAAGGAAAGGGCACAAGAAAUAAUAAGGAAUAUUGGUGAGGAUGGCGUGUAUCUAGUUCGCACAGGUGCAGAUGGCGGACAGGUUUUGGUUGUAUUUGCAGAAAACAUGCCAAAGAAAUAUAAAAUUACCAACGAGAACGGUGAAUUUUAUCUCAAGAAGGAGGGUCCCCAUUGUGAUUCAGUGGAAAUGUUAAUGUACACCUAUUACUCAACAGAGCUUCCUACAGCAAAAUCUUGUCUAGAAACACCUUACAAGCUCCAUUCUAAAUAUAAAGGGUAGCAGCCCUCUUUAAGAUUAGCAGUAUUUAUAAUAUUCUGUUGUACAUUUUAAAAAACAUCUGCUGAAAAUUAAUGUUAAGUUGUAGAAAAAAUAUUAAUUCAAAAAAAUAUUUGCUAUAAUCAUUUAUGAAAUGUGAGGUUCAUACCAAAACAAGUCAAUAUGUCCCAACCAUGCAUCUAAUUUCUGGUGUAAACAGGUGUCUCAAAACACAUCUCUACUCUCUGCAGUCCAAGCUUGACCUUUUUACACCGUUGUUAUGCUAAAUUAAAGUACCUUAGAUUAUAUCAUACCAUGCAUAAUUUCUCAUGAGUCUGUACAUAAUAUUUUCUUGUCAAAAACAUUUCCUGAACUGGAUUAGUUUCAUUCAUAUACUCAUUAUACCUAUAUCAUGUUGUAAAUUUAAAUUUAAUAGGGGGAGGUAAAUGCAUAAUUUCCAACAUGACAACCUUCUAUUUACCCCCCCCCCACCAUUGCAUUCGAAAUUCACAACAUGAUACCUACCCCCAAACCAAAUCUCUAUAGCCGUGCAAUAGUACACGCCUCGUAUGCAAAAAUAAUGAGUUUAAUAGCACAGCCUUGCGAAAACAUAUAAAUUGAUGUUUAAUCAAUAAAAAUACAAGUUUGCAUAAAUCAUAAUUCCGUUUUGGAUCAUAGCUUACACAUACAUUUAAAAAUAUUCUACAUAUUUAAUCCAGUUAGAUUACACAAAACUUAAGAAAUUUGUAUUCUUUAAAAGUUCGUUUGGAUUCUCAAAGGUGUUUUAUAAGGCUGUAGUGAUAUAAUUAUAUAUAUAGUUUAUUUUUGUUAAGUUUCACAUCAUUCUACUUUGGAUCACUGCAAUAAUAUAUGUUUGAAUUUGUUAUGCUUUACGAGUAAGCAUGAUUCUGAUAUUGGUGUAAAUAGGAGUAUAUUUAUAAGACCUAGACUUUUUGUAUUAAAAAAAUAUAUUAUCAGUACUUCUUCGUCAUGGGAUAAUUGUUUGGAAUAGGUUAAAUACAUGUAUUAUUUGAAUAAUGAACCUGUUCAAGCUGUUAUGUUAAUAGUUUGGAAGAUUGCAUGUUUUUAAAAGAUAAAAGUAGAAAUGUUCAACAAAUUUAAGUUUGUUCAUUGAUUUUCAGAAUAACUACCAUUAUGAUUUUGCUUUUAUUAAAAUGUUUUAUUGAC